UCCCGAGAUUUGGAACAUUUACACAUAGUCUCGCAAGCCAGCACUGCAGAUCGUAGGUCACCUGGACAGCUGGUUUCGCAAAAACGGCUCCGCCCUGACUCGAGCAUUCGACUGAGGCAAAUGCCCCCCUUUCCGCGCUUCACCACCCCCGCAUUCUCAGCAGUCUACGUCAAGCAACCCGACCACACCACCACUACGCCACCAAAGCGGCAACCGGCUUCACGAAGUUGAACGUCGCGAGCGCCUUCAUCUUGGGCGCCGCCCUUAAUUUGCGGGGUCAGACCUGUUGGAUCACGGCAGCUGCGCGACGCUACUUGACGUCAAUCACCUAAGGGAGGUCGUACCGUCUGCUCGUCAUACUACAGAUCCUCCCAUUCACGGCUCGGCUGUAAGUAGAUUCCGCACGUAUAAAUCUGGCACGGAUCCUUCCAUAGCACAUGCGUUAUCAGACUUAUCUACUCCUCAAACGACAUUUUAACAUGGCGACUCCGAUUCAGGUUCAGCCCGCUUGGGCGUCACAUCCUUUUGCAGGACCCAAGGCUCUCUACAAGGCCAGAAUGAUGGACCCUACGGAUGAGUUCCGUCUACAGUUCUCUCUCCAGGAGACAGAUAUCAAAGAUGAGAUUGCCCUCCUACCGUCCAAGUCCCAAGAGGAGUAUGAGGGUGCAAAGGAGAUCAUUCUCGCCAAACGGAACAAGCUGCAGAGCAUGACGAACGACUUUUUCGCUGAUCACAAGAACGACUUUGUCAAGAAACAGCGUGUGGAAGAUCUCGCUCGUCUGCGGCAGGCCUUCGAAGCGGCCGUAGAGCUUCGCCGAUCCAAACUCGAACAGGAUGCCAAACCGUCGAGAUUCAAGUUCAGGCCAAAGACCAAACAUGUCGACAUGGGUGCUGUUCAGAAUGACCCGCGAUACAACCCAGGCAUUCAGCCCACGAGCCAGGCCAGAGUCCCAACACUGAGAUCACAGGAGCUACCAGGCAAUGCAACCAUGGCCCAAGGCAAGGACUACAAUCAGGAGAUGGCGCAGUCCAGCGAUUCGCAAAUUCGUAAACCAAGUUUCUCUACCGUUGAUACCAUUGAGAUAUCGAAGCACAAAGGGUUGCACAUCAUCCUCCCUCUCUCAGCAUCGCGCGCCACAGCUGCCGGGAGUCUCCAGGAUCUAGAGGGCUGCAUUGUGGACAUGUCCCUUCCUACUAACGGCGCCCCAUUGCCGAGUCUGGCCUUGAAGAAUAUUUCCGGCAGUCUGGUCAUUGCAGGGCGCGUGUCCAGCUCGGUGCAUAUCACAAACGUCAAGGACAGCAUCGUUGUAUUGACGGCGCAGCAAGCGAGAAUCCAUGACUGCAAGAAUGUGCGGGUCUAUCUUUUCUGCGCAAGCGAUCCUGUCAUUGAGAACUGUUCUCAAAUGCAGUUCGCCCCGCUGCCUACCAUCUAUGCGAAUGACACAUCCAAAGGGUUAAACAACCGAUGGGAUCGCAUUGAAGACUUUAGCUGGCGCAAGGGCGGGGAGAAUCCAAAUUGGACGGUGAUUCCGGAGGACCAGAGGCUAGACGAGACUGUGUGGGCUGAAGUCAUGCACGGCCGACCAGGCGCCAGCGUCGAGGAGACCUUGGCAAGUGUUGGCCUCCGUUGAUCGCGUCGUCGGGUGUCGAGAUCAAUCGCUCCAUUGAGGAGGUGAUGGCUUAGUGGCGAUAGCUGGAUUGUUCGUCGGUUUAGCUUGGGGCGCUGCUUCUGUGUGGGCUGUUGAUACAUUAGCUUUACCGUACUCCAAACUGCAGAACGCAAAGUAAAGACAGUUGUAGACGCACCUCGUAGCACUGCGCGCUUCUUC